UUCUCGAACUGUUCAAACAAAUCGUUAUUAUACUUAAAAAGGAAAACAAAUAUAUAAGGAAAAAUAAAAUGUCUCUUUCUAAUCGCAAAGAAAUAACUGGUCUUACACGAAUGACACCCAAGGGCCUUAAAGAACUAUGCAAGAAAGACAAGCUCUACCAAACACCACGUUUAAAUGAUACACUAUAUCUGCACUACCAGGGUUUUCAGUGCAUAGAACACUUGGAAGAGUACACAGAGCUUAAGUGUUUGUGGUUAGAAUGCAAUGCCAUUUCCGAAAUUCAGGGCUUGGAGAAACUUAGCAAACUGAAGUGCCUCUUUCUUCAAAACAACCUUAUAACCAAAAUUGAAAAUUUAGAACCAUGUCGCGAGCUAGAUACUUUAAAUCUGAGCUCAAAUCAUAUUCGCAAAAUACAAAACAUUGGGAACAAUAUCUUGCCAGUUUUAAAUACUCUUACCAUUGCAUCAAACUAUCUCAAAGACAGUGAGAGCCUGUCAGACUUGGUUCAAUGUAAAACACUAUCUGUGCUAGACUUAUCAAACAACAGAAUUGACGAUAUUUUGAUUGUAAAAAUAUUUGAGCAGAUGCUCAAUCUGAAGGUCUUGGUUCUGCAGGGAAACCCGGUUGUUUCCCGCCUGCCGCAGUAUCGGAAGACAUUGAUACUGGCUUGCAAGGAACUCACUUAUUUGGAUAGCCGUCCUGUGUUUCCUCGUGAUCGAGCAUGUGCUGAGGCUUGGAAACGAGAUGGCUAUGAAGGGGAACGCAAGGAAAAUAAUCGUUGGAACCGAGCUGAGCGCAGAAAAACACGCGAAAGUAUUAACUGUACCAUACGUAUUCGCAAUAGUCACCGUCCACCUGAUCAGCAGGAUCCAUUGCUGAGGUCUAGUGAUUCGGAAGACGACACAUGCACCGGUACAACCCUUAAGAAAGUAGUGAUUGAGAACGGUUGUGUCGAUGAUAUAUGGAAGGAGGUGUCGUGUGAGCAUCCUACCUCAGAGAGCGGUGCCAGUACAUCUAGCUCAGUGGAAGACAAUGAUGCUACAAGCUCUCAGGACGAUCUCAUAGCAGAGAAAUUAAGUAAUCGUGGAACACUCGAGGGGCGUCCAAAAGUCCUUAAUGAAACUGAAGGGAGCAAUCUAAAGAGAGUCAAUCAAAAUAUCAAGAAUGUGGAGCCUAGGAAUAUACAAACAAUCGUAUUUGAGGAGGAUGUUAGCAAGAAAUCGCAGGUUAUUAUAGAAGAGGAAAACGUCCCGAAAAUAAAUCUUAUAAACGAACCAUGUGAUCUGAAUGAUAAAAAAGCGAUUAUCGUUAAGUGUAAAAAAACUGGUUAUACUUCCAUAGGACCAGUUCAUAAGGAAACCGUUUUUCACGAGGACGCUGAAAUAAAAAAAAUGGAAGACGUGGUUCUAUGCCAGGAUUUUAUUAAAUCAGACGAACAUAUGAGCUCGGAAAAGCUGGAAAAAGAUUUUGAGCAAACUUGUACUGCCCCAAGAAAUGAAGCUCAAUGUAAGGAAUUUGACGAAGAUCAAAAAAUUAUAGAAAUUGAAAGCAAACUUAUUUAUGAAAUGUAUGAAAGUUUUGCAGCUGAUGACGAUGAUAAACUUAACGAAACUUUCGAUUUAAAUCUAUAUGAGACCACAAGUGAACACCAGGCACACAAAGUUUCUUUUGACGAAAACAAAAUGCCAAUGAGCUGUUAUCAAGAAGAUAAAGAUAUCCUUUUACCCAAAAGCAUGGAGGAAACACUGUUUGAAGAAGAAUGUUUCAUUGCAAAUGACAAGUGUGCUCAUGACUUAGAGGAAAUAGGUCGCCAAAUGGAUGAGGAUCUGGCAGAACUAAGGCAGUCCACUCAAAAUGUGGUCGGACUUUCAAAAGACGAGAUUGCUGAAACAGACAUUGAAACAGAUGAGGAGGAUCUGAUAGCACAGCAGGACCCAUACUCUCCACUUCUCAAGCAGCAAUUUAAAAACAGGCGUAUGAAAAUUAUGUUAAUAGAAGAAUCCAAAGCCCAAGGAGAAUCACAAAGGGAUUUAAAUAUUACAGUCUCAAAUGAAUCUGGCGGAGAUGACAAGCAAGACCAAUUAUUUGCCCGAAUAUUAGAUGAUGCAACAGAAAAUAUACCCAAACGCAUCUUUGGUACUGGGUGUGAUGCACUUAGUUACAAUUGGCCUCAAGAAGAGUGCUUGCUUCAAUUGACUUUAUCCGAAGUGAAAGAAACUCCUGCUCAAGAAUGUACCUUCAAGAAUUCUAUAACAAAUAGUUCAAGUUUCGAAGAGGCAAAUAAAAUUUGCGUUCGUAUGGAUCAAAAAAUGGCCGAGGAAGAGGAAGCUUUAGGUAAGCUUUUGCAUGACUUGGAAAACGAGGCCGAAAAUGUGUAUGAAAUAAACACGAAGAUGACGUACGAAGGAACCACUUCCAGUAAAGAAGUAGUCAGUAUUUGUACAUCCUUGCUGGACGAUAUUAUAGUUGAGCUUACGUUGAACGAGAUAUUGUGGCACGAGAAGCCCAAAAGUUUCAAAUUCGGACCUAUCGAAUCUGACGAGGAGUUUAGUUACUCAUUGGAACCGCAAUUGGAAAAGUUGGUUCCCCCUGCACUAGAAGAUCCGGCCCGAGGAAAAAGCCUUCGAGAAUGUUUGGAUACCUUUUCUGAUUUUGUCUCUUCCAUGGCAGAUCCGAAGCUGCCUCUGAUGCUGGGUCGUAACCCCACAUUAGGUGUGGAGAAAAUUCGUGCCGCUCAAGAAUUGCUAAAGUCUAAAAAUCUUGCGGAGAUAUACGCGGAUUCAGCGGAAAGCUUAAACUCCCAGGUAGCCAAAGAAAUUGAAAAGCGCAAGCGGCGCGUGGCAGCCACUGCUACCCGUUGUUUUAAUCAACGAGAUAAAUAUGAUGAUACACUAGAGUUAGUGAAUAAUCGGUUGAUGAUUGUCAAGAGAGAUUCCGGGGAUCUGGAAGAACUGCCGCCUCCACCCCCCUUAAUAAGUGACUCAGAGUCCGAAGACUACGACACAGCUGACGAUGAGUAUACGCCUGGAAACGGGGGUCAUAAACUUGGGUCACAACCUAAGGAUUCGAAAAAUCUUGUAACGAAUAGUUUGUUGAAGCAAAAGCAAGCCGACUCCGACGUUGUAGAAGAAGUUGUUAAAAAGAACAAUCAUGCUGAAGAUGAAUUUUAUUCGUUGGAAGCUAUGACAACCUUCAGUAGCCUAGACGCCGAAUUUUUUCAGAAGCUGGAUCUUCAGAAAGUUAACGAUUCCGAAGACUCAGAACCAGCCAAAAACUGCAUGCGGAAUUAUAACGAACUUCAAGCCUAUAUGAAAUCCGGAUCAUUGAAUCACCGGUUGAAUACUGAGGAAACAAAGACGUUGCAGACAAGGUUUUCCACGGUUGGCUCUGAUGAAAGCAAGACGAAGUUACGAAACCCCCAAGAAGGAAAAGAGGAUGCCCUUCUUAAAAAGAUGGUUCUUCGCAUGAAAGAGUACGAGGAACGGGAGCAUCAGCUCCAGCUAGUACCGCAUGAAUUAGGUUCAAUUAAGCUAUCCUUGGGUGGAUCUAAGCUUUUCGAGCAAACUCCAGAGACUGUCCUUGUCCAUACAGAAAAUGAACCUACUAGUAAAAUCAAAUUAAUAGAUAACAAGAAAACAAACAAUGACGAGAGCACACAUCCAAUUAAAAGUUAUUGCGAGCCACUUGUCAGGGCCUCCUGUAAAACUUCAAACAAAAAUAUAGACGACGAUAUACAGUCCGAUGUUUCAACUGACUACGAAUCUGGCGAAGAAGUAGUUGUUGUAGAGCCACCUAAACUUUCCGAAGCGGUUUUAAAAUCGUUCUACUCUGAUGGAUUUGAAGCAGACCUAAAUAUGGUCCAUGAACUUGAAGAAGAUACUCGACGUAAUCUUUAUUGCUAUCACUCAAAUGAAAUGCUUAAUCCAACAAAGAAUCAUCCCUUUUCAUUAAAAAAGACAUUGUCUUCUAAAACCUCUACUAAUGAGCUGACUGUAGGCGCCAAGGCCAAGUGGGCCAAAAUAGCUGAACGACUACACGAAUUUCUUGAUCCGGAGACGAUUUCGAAGCUAAAUAAAGAACAGUUUGGUGAAAGCGAUGAGUUUGAGGACAGUCAAGAUGAUAAUAUUUUUACAGAUAUAACGUUUGAGGAAAACAAUUCAAAAAAAUAUGAGAAUUUGGUUUCAGAAGAAUGUAACUGUACACAAUCCAUUUACGAUGAAAACUCAUGCCCGUCUGAGCUUAAUGGCAACGAUCAAUUUUCGGGCCUUAAAGAAAUUAAUAAAGAUAAAGAAAUGCCAACAUGUAAUCUGGAAUUAAAUAGUGUAAUGAUCCAAUCCAAAAAGAAAACUUCCGAAAUUUUGCCAAAUGAAAUUGGAAAUAUAAUUAAAGCUUGCUCUUCUUUUGAAGCUCCACCAACUGAUCCCAUUGGGAUUAAAUACUUUGAGGACCCAACAUUAACCCAAAUGAAUCCAGAAUUUUUAAAAACUAAACAAAUUGAGUGCAAUCUUCAGAUUUUGAGCGAGGAUGGAGACGUUGUGGUCCAAGAGCUCAGUGUCAAUGCUCAGGUGUCUUUUGAGUAAAAUUCGAUCCCGAUUAAUUUGUUAAAAUGUAAUUCAUUGUUUUUAAAUUGUUUUUUUAUUUAAAGUAAAUGGAGGAAUAUUUGAAAACGUAA